CACCGUACUUAAAUUGGAGUGGGCGGAGCAUUUCCUUGGCUACUAAAAGUUUGCGGAAGAGUAAAGAACAUAGAGCGACCGCGGUGCGCUAUAUAAUUUUUACCUAAAUAAAUGGACCUUCGUUCGGAGAAAUUACAGCGUGUCCUGUCAAAGUACAAAUUCCGCGAUGUUGCUCUUGAGGAAUUGGAGAAAAUCGAUAAUGCUUUCCCAGGGAUGAAGCCCUCUGUCGGCACAUACACAUUCAACGAUGGCUCCCAGAAAGAUCUCCUGAAAUUGAACGGUAACCUUCCAGUCAAGUAUGAAGGGCGCUGCUACAACUUCCCCAUUCAACUUUGGUUGAUUGACUCCUUUCCGGUCACACCUCCCAUUUGUCUCCUGAGGCCCACACCAGACAUGAUGAUCAGGGAGGGCAAACACGUGGAUGCCCGGGGACGCAUCUACCUGCCAGUGCUGCACAACUGGGAUCAUGUAUGUCCUACUUGUCUUGCGUGUGCAUCUUCAGUCUUCUGGUUUCUCAUUUGUCCGGUGCAGCCCAAGUCAUCUGUGGUGGAUAUUCUGGAGGAGAUGAUUUCCAAGUUUCAAGAGGAUCCUCCACUGACAUCCACCCCUGAAAGAGACCACCAAGAUCCACAAGAGCUUCUGGCAUUUGUUAAUAAUCUCCAGAUUAGUGAUAGUACAAUCAGACAUCAUGAUCACACGGGCCACAAAGUGACUGUUAUCGGAGGAGGGGAUUUAGGAAUGGCCUCAGUCAUGAGCAUUUUGGCAAAGUGUAAAGUGGAUCAACUUGUCUUCAUUGAUGUUGCCGAGAGUUCCACCAAGGGAGGCAGCACAGAUUUGGAGAUCUUUAGGCUGCCAAAGGUGAACGUGUCCAAGGAUCUGUCAGCCUCUGCGGGCUCCAGGGUCGUCGUGGUCACAGCCAACGCGUGGAGCAGCGAGCAGUCCUACGUAAGCGUGGUCCAGACCAACGUUGACUUGUUCAAAGGAUUCAUUCCAAAGUUGGCACGUCACAACCCAGAUGCCGUCAUGCUCAUCGCCUCUCAGCCAGUGGACAUCAUGACCCACGUAGCGUGGAGGCAGAGCGGCCUGCCGCCGACACAAGUCAUAGGAGUGGGCUGUAAUCUAGACUCGGAGCGUCUUAGUCACGUAUUGGAUAUUAACUUAAACACUCACAAAGAGGCCUGGGUCAUUGGCGAACUUUCAGACAACAAAGUCCCCGUGAUGAGUAACACCGGGCCAGGCUCCCAAAGGCAGCCAGAGAUCGCAGGAUUCAGCUCCACCAAACCCUUGCUCAGCAGAGCGUUUGACAUCAUGAAGAAUCGAGGUCAGCGUUCGUGGUCCGUUGGUUUGUCUGUGGCUGACAUCACAAACAGCAUCUUGACAAAUAGGAAGAAGGUCCACUCCAUCACCACACUUGCCCAGGGCUGGAGUGGCAUCGGAGCGGAGGUGUUCUUCAGUUUGCCGUGCCUCCUGGGAUCCAAUGGUUCCACGCGCCUAGCUGGUGUGUCACUGGGGAAGGAGGAAGAUUCCAAAAUGAAGGAAAGCAUCAGCUCACUCACAAACCUCAUCGGUCAGCUAAGGAUAUGAAGGAUGACAUUGUAUUGCCGGCUCCAGUGGGAAAGGCUGCAGUGACAAGUCAGGGAGCUGUUACUUAUUGGCCAUCCGCCACAGGUGGGACUGCCACCAAACUGAAUUCUAUUACUUCUGAUGGUUGCGUUGCAAGCUUGACCAAAGACAAAUUGUCUGUUACCAUACUGAUCAUGGCUUUGUUUUGAGCUUGUGUCUUGACUGGGUGGGGAGGAAAUCACACAUUUGGAUGAAAUUAUUUUGUCAUACCUGCACUUUGAAACAUUUUACAGGAAAGCUAUUUAUCAAUUUUGCUUAAGUAAUUUUCAGGCACGUGCGUCGGAUGACGGACGAUUCUUCAAGAGGGAGGGAGUCAGUGGCUGACAUGCAGCUCAUAUGCUUGAAGGGUCUUUUAUUGAAAAUUUGCUUUUUGCACAGCGGAAACAAAAGUUAUGUACACUAACAUCUCAAGGUUUGUGAGAGUGCAAUAAACAAAAUCACCCGGUGCCUGCUUGACAAAAGAAAACAAUGCAAUGUUCCUGUUUUUAUCAGACUUCUAAUAUUAUAAUUCAAUGAAAAGCAUAUAUCUCAACAUUUUUUCUUUAUCUGAAAUGUGUUAUUUUACCAUAAAUUAAAAGUUAAAAAAAAAC